UUCGGCAUGCGUCUUUCGCUGCAUGGAAUUGCAUGCUCUACGCCGGUGCAUGCUUCUGUUGCGUUGACUUGCCAGGAAGUCAAAGCAGUUUGACUCAAGCCUCCGACUCGCAACGGUACCAGUGUUGGUGUUUCUGAAGGUCUGCUGAAGUUUCACUGCCGCAAGUUUGCAAGUUCAGUGGAAGUUUCAGUGCAGUUUGUUGAGUUUCGGUGAAGUUUCGUUUUGGGUAGAGGUUUGGUGGAAGUGUGAGUGCCACCGAGUGGCGCGAGGAGGAUGAGUAAUCUUCGAAGUGAUGCGCCCCAGCCAGUGAUGGCUGGGCAAACGGAAGGUGGGGUUGCACGUGUUCCCGGCGAGGAGAAAGGGAUUGGGACCAGAUUGAGGGACCAGGCUGCGUCCAUGGCAGAGAGGUUCGACCCGGUGAACAUGAUCAAGGAGCAUGGGUGCAGUUGGGCUCACUACUGUCAUGACAUACGGCGAGUGAUCGAAACCCACCAUUUCAUUGCGAAACUGAACGAAGAUUUCAUGCAAUGUCUGGUGUAUGACUCGGAUAAGAAAGAUGCAAAGCUGAUUGGCAUCGAGUACGUCGUGUCAGAAAAGUUGUUCUCGAAUCUUCCUGAUGAAGAGAAGAAACUGUGGCAUUCUCAUUAUUACGAGGUGAAAAAUGGUUUAUGGAUCAUGCCCAGUCUACCAGACAAGCUGGAAUGUAAAGCGCUGGAGAGUUUGGCAGGGACGUAUGGUAAAUUCUGGCUGACGUGGCAAGCGGACAGAGGGGACAGGUUGCCGCUGGGUGCGCCAGCGCUAAUGGUAUCGCCCCAGGGGGGGGUCGCACUGCCGCGUCCAGAGCAAAUUGCCGUUCGUGAUGCCAAAUAUAAAAUCGCGACUGAGGCCAAGGCUGAGUACCGCAUGGAAUGUAUACCCGCCAAGGAAGCCGUCGAUCCACUGGCUGAUUACUGGAAGACCGGCAAAGCUUGUGUUGCGGAAAUGGAGGAAACCGAUAUGGUAUUGAAGGCGGGCACUCCGCUGGCGACCCUCUAAGAGACAGCGAUUGAAAAGGAGAAGGAAGAGAAUAAGAGGAAGCAAGAGGAAGAGAGAAGACGUGCAGAAGCUGAAGAGAAACGUCUUGCUGAAAUCAAGGAUAAGGAUGAGUUUAAGGCAAGCAUUGGAAAAAUGGUGGAAACACAAAUGCGUUCUGUAUGCGAGGAGGUCCUUGGCAAGAAGGGAAGUCAAGGGGAGCAACUUGUCCUUCCUACAACCAUGGAAAUUCGGAGGCGCACUGUCAGUACAGAGGCUGAGGGUAAAACGAUCUCCGAAUCUGACUCUUUGCUUGCGAAAGACGAAGAGAUAGCAAGGUUGAAGCAAGCUGUUGCGGAUAUGCAGAGGUUGUCACGACAACCUCAAGUGCUUCAACAUGAGCAAGAGUUGACCGUGUUACGGCUUGACAACCAGCACCUGAUUCAUGACGUUAUCUGCCUGAACGAGCAAGUUGGUGAGCUUGUGAAAGUGACCAAGUCGGGCGGGAGUGCUGCUGUCGUGGGGAUGACAUCUGCGAAGGAGAAAGGCAAGGCUAUCUAUACCCCUACCGCCGGCGACUACGUCAAGCUAUCUGACGCAUACAGAAGACUACGGGAUGAUAGGGACAUGGCGGAGAGGGAGGUUCAAGCCUUGAAAGAGAGAAUCAUCAGGAUUAGCUCUUCAACGGGUACUCCUGCAAGUGCUAAGAGAAAAAGGAUUACGAGGAAGAGCAUUUCGCCGCCCUCUAAUCUACGUAUCAGAUUGAGUAAGGCGGACAGUCCUGUGAAAGUCGGGGGCAGAGGAAAUGGAACCCAUGAGGGUCUUAAGUUCGUCAAGCUGAUGAAUGAAACGCGGGAUGAUUUCAACAAGCGCGUCUGUGCGGAGCUCUCUAAGCUGAAGAAGAAGGAUAUUGAGAGACUGUGUGCCGAAGAACAGUUGGAGUACUCGACCAUCAAAUCGUCGGCUGCGGUCAUUGCGGAUGUCUAUACCGAUCGUGCUUUUGGUAAGGUAAGUCAUGGCACUGAGCAACCCGAGGAUUCCGAAGCAUCAGAUGACUUGGUUGGCAGCAGCCAUAGGGACGAAGACGAAGAAGUUAGGGCUGGCAAUUGCUAGGGUAUGUCACCGAGCGUUGGUGAACUUAGCAAUUUGGCUCUAGCCUGU